AGUAGUAAGGAUACAGAUGGUGGUGCUGGCUGGAGACAGAUAGCAGCGCGGGCGCGGGCGCUGGAGCCGCGGGCGCAGCGGGCUCAGUGCCGCCGCGACCGAGCUGCCGACACGACAUGCCACAGCACGGAGCAGUAUCAAUGUUAGCGGGCGCGUGGCGCGCGCUAGCCGCGGAGGUGGUAGGCACCGCGCUGCUGGUGGCUCUGGGCUGCAGCUCGCUGCUGGCCGCGCCCCCCGUGCCCCUCACGCACCCCGCGCUCGCCUUCGGGGGCGCCGUCACGCUGCUGGCCACGGUGCUGGCACCUAUAUCCGGAGCGCACCUUAAUCCAGCCGUCUCACUAGCUGCGGUACUAUCAGGAAACCUGCCCCCCGUGAAAGCCGUCCUAUACGUACUAGCGCAGUGCGUGGGCGCAUUCCUCGGCACAGUAAUGUUACACGGGGCGGCGGGCGGCGCGGCGGCGGCGGCGUGCACGGCGCCGGCGGUGGGCGCGGCGGCGGCGGCGGCCGUGGAGGCCACGCUCACCGGCUCGCUGUGUCUGCUGCUGUGUGGGCUGUGGGCCGCUCAUGAUGACGGGAAGCCAGAUCAUUCAGGGCCGCUGAAGGUCGGACUGGCCAUCGCGGGGCUUGUUUACUCUGGGGGCGCUCUGACCGGCGCCAGUCUGAACCCGGCGCGGUCGCUCGGCCCCGCGCUGCUCUACAGCUGCUGGGGGAGCCACUGGGUAUACUGGGUGGGCCCCCUCCUAGGCGCGGCGCUAGCGGCCGGGCUACACCGCGCCGUGUCCCCCCCGGCGCCCCGCACCGCCGCCCCCGCGCCCGAGUCCUUACCGCUCAACGACAAGCUCGAGCCCUGACCUGCACACUCUCUGUACAUAUUGCUAUAUUAUUAUACGAGUUACCUACCUGUC